UCCCCGUGGGCACACCGCUCAUUUCUCUCUGAUAUACCCGCUAAGUCCACCUCUGUAAGGCACAGAUCUCAGAAGAGGAGAAUCAGAUGUAGGGGAGACAGGAAAGACUGCAGCUGGUGGGAGGUGAGACGCGACUAUUGGGGACCCGGUGAAAGGCUGUACACAGUAUGCCAGGAUCUGAACUGAAACGGGGACCGGGUUUAGUAAAGAGGACUGCCAAUAGAGACAUGGGUGUUACAAAUGAGAAACGAUUGAGUUUGCUGGAGUAAAGGAUUGGGACGCGAAUUCCUGGUGUGUGUGUGUGUGUGUGUGUGUGUGUGUGUGUGUGUGUGUGUAUUAGGGAAUGUGCUGGUGGAUGUCCUUUGGUGCGACGCGAUGCUGGAUGGGAUGAAAUCUCGUAACCGGGGGCCAAAUCUAGGCGCUUAACGCGAGACCACCGACCUGAGCUCCCCAGGUUGCUGAUUUAAACCAAAUCUUCAACCCCUUGCACCCGUGGUAAAGAGGAAACUACAGGAUGGCUCUCGUCAUGGAACCGGUUAGUAAAUGGAGCCCCAGUCAAGUUGUGGACUGGAUGAAAGGUCUGGAUGACUGCCUGCAGCAGUAUAUAAAGAACUUUGAGCGGGAGAAGGUCGGAGGUGACCAGCUGCUGAGGAUAACCCAUCAGGAGCUGGAGGAUCUGGGGGUGUCCCGCAUUGGACACCAGGAGCUGAUCCUGGAAGCUGUGGACCUGUUGUGCGCUUUGAAUUAUGGUCUGGAGACUGAAAACCUGAAAACUCUCUCUCACAAGCUCAAUGCCUCUGCCAAGAACCUGCAGAACUUCAUCACAUGCCGCCGCCGCAGCGGUCAUUACGACGGCCGGACCACCCGCAAGCUGCCCAAUGAUUUCCUCACCUCUGUGGUGGACCUCAUCGCUGCUGCUAAAAGCCUCCUGGCCUGGCUCGAUAGGUGUUACUUCUUUUGCAGGUCACCAUUUGCUGCCGUGGCGGACUAUUCUGUGACCCGGAACAACGUGAUCCAGCUGUGCUUGGAACUCACUACCAUAGUACAGCAGGACUGCACCGUCUAUGAAACCGAAAAUAAGAUCCUCCAUGUGUGUAAGACUUUGUCUGGAGUGUGUGACCACAUCAUCUCACUGUCGUCAGACCCCCUGGUCUCCCAGUCUGCUCACCUGGAGGUGGUUCAGCUGGCUAACAUUAAACCUAUGGAUGGUCUGGGAAUGUACAUUAAAUCCACAUAUGAUGGACUUCACGUUAUCACAGGAACCACAGAGGGGUCACCGGCAGACCGCUGUAAAAAGAUCCACGCUGGUGAUGAGGUCAUCCAGGUGAAUCAUCAGACUGUGGUGGGCUGGCAGUUGAAAAACUUGGUAAGCUCUCUGCGUGGGGACCCUGCUGGUGUGACAUUGACCCUGAAAAAGCGUCCCCAGAGCACGCUCACCUCCGCCCCAGCCCUACUAAAGAACAUGAGAUGGAAGCCCCUGGCCCUGCAGCCUGUUGUUCCCAGGAGUCCCACCAGCAGCUCGGCCACACCCACGAGUACGAUCAGCACACCCUCAAAGCGUGAUAGCUCCGCCCUCCAAGACCUAUACAUUCCACCCCCUCCAUCUGAGCCAUACACGCCAAGAGAUGAAAAGGGGAGUCUCCUGAGUGAGGGCGGGGUGCAUGUGGCAAAAGGGUCAGAAUCACCAAACUCAUUCUUGGAUCAAGAAUACAGACACCAAUUUCCUCUAAUGGAAGAGGAGGCAGUCCUCUACUGCUAUCAGUAUGACCCCAACCACGGACCUACAACAUCCCGCCGAGACAGCACACCCACUUAUGGUCGUCUAAGGCCCAUCUCUAUGCCUGUAGAAUAUAACUGGGUUCCUGACUAUGAAGAUCCAGCUAGACUGAAGCGAGAAGGACGGAGAGAAAACUCUCUGUUACGAUAUGUAAGUGAGGAGAAGGCUGCCGAUAUGGCAGCUCGGAGCAUGAAGAGAGAAACCGGAAAACGAGGCAAGAAAAAGAGCGAAAAGAGUGGAAGCCCCACCCACUAUGCUCUCCUCCCCACUCUCCAAAUGGAGGUACUGCGUCAAGAAUCCAUGAACACACCAAACCUUGAAUCCACCUCUCUUUAUCAUACAUUCCAGGGAUCCUCUCUGCUAUCCAAGACCAAGAAAAAGAAUAAAGCAGCCCCACUGUCAUCCAUCAGUAAGAGAAGGAUCUCCUGUAAGGACUUGGGCCGUGGAGACUGUGAGGGCUGGCUAUGGAAGAAGAAGGAUGCAAAGAGCUAUUUCUCCCAGAAAUGGAAGAAGUACUGGUUUGUUCUAAAGGGUGCCUGCUUAUACUGGUACAUGAAUGAAGAGGAUGAAAAGGCUGAAGGAUUUGUUAGCCUCCCAGAGUUCAAGAUCGACAGAGCUAGUGAAUGCCGUAAAAAGUAUGCAUUUAAAGCAUGCCAUCCUAAAAUCAAGAGCUUCUACUUUGCCGCGGACAGCGUGGAUGAUAUGAACAGAUGGUUAAGUCGUCUUAACAUGGCAGCCGCGGGCUACGCAGAAAGAGAGAGGAUCCGUCAAGAACAGGCAGAUUACUGGAGUGAAAGUGAUCAUGAAGACAAUGAGACGCCCUCUACACCCAAGCAAGACAGCCCCCCGCCCCCUUAUGACACGUACCCACAACCACCAUUAAACCAAGUAAGCUGUGCCAGUCCAUACCUGGAACCGAAGCACGGCCGCCUCUCAUCCACUGAAACCUCACAGUCUCGGUCUUCUCAUGAGGAAUACCGCUCUGAACCACAAGGGGGCAGCAGCAGCGGAGGGGGCUCUCCUGCUCGGAAGUCCGCAAGCCAGCGGCGCUCGUGGCAGGACCUAAUUGAGACCCCCCUGACCAGCUCGGGCCUCCACUAUCUACAGACCUUGCCCCUAGAGGAUGCCGUUUUCUGUGAGCCAGGGGCGGGUCUGUCUCCAGAAUACCGCCGCCAGUCAACUCUGCCUGCCCAGCGCACAUUGAUGCAGGACCAUUACGGUCUCUUCCCCAUGGCUGAGGGGGAGCGGCUCCGAGACCCUUCUACCGUGGUCUGUAAACCCCGCAGCUUCACCCUGCCACGGGACAGCGGCCUGCAUGCCCUUCUUACUCCCUCCGCUAGCAUGGCAGAUCAGCGUGACCCCAGCCGCAGGGAACUCAGCCGCAGUCACUGCAUCAAUAAUGGCGGGGAGCGGGAGUGCCACGGACAGGAGGAUUCACUUGGUGGUUUGUAUCGGGCAUUGGAGCGUGCCAGCCUGUCCCUCACUGGUGAGCACCGUCUUUCCACCCGUCUGGAGUAUAAACACCUUUUCAUCCGGCGUUGCAACGAUCCACAGCUAAAUGACAAACUGCAUCAUCUCCGCAUCCUACAGAGCACGCUAAAGGACAGGGAGGGCGAGAUAGCACUGAUUGACAAGCUGCUAACCAAUCCUAGGCUCACAUCCUCAGAGUUCCAGGAAUGGAAGAAAGUUUACAUGGAGCUGUUUUCAGGGGAGCCCCAGCGCGACCAUCAGCCCAGCCCCGUCUCGGAGCCCAGUCCUACCGCCACACCAGAUCCCGCCCCCCGCACACCUUCCCUCUCACACACACACUCCUACAUCGAGACUCACGUCUGACAUACACAAAUGCACACUUUCCUUUGAUCUCGUCAGUCUCUCUUCACAAAAAUAUCACGGAUUGUUUGAGGUAGUUGUCGCUGACAGAGUACGCAAUAUCACUUCCAAUGGAACUUAGUCAGUGUAAAAAUAACAGGAAAAAAUUAGGUUUGGAUUGGUUCUUGACCUUAGUCAGGCUAGACAGCAUGUUUAAUUUGACACAAAUGAAAAUGAGGCUAUGAAUCCUUUAUGAAAAUACAUCCACUAUGGUCCUAAUAAAGUGCCUGACGUGGUCUUAUGCUGUUGUAGCCUAUCCGACUCUUUUGGCAUGUCGUGCAUUCUGAGAUGCUAUUCUGCUCACUACAAUUGUACAGAGUGGUUAUCUGAGAUACCAUAGCCUUUCUGUCAGCUCAAAGCAGCUCUCUCAAAAACAAGGUGUUUUCGUCCACAUAUCAGUUGCUCACUAGAUGUUUUUAGCACCAUUCUGAGAAAGCAAUAGAGACUGUUGUGCAUGAAAUUCCCAGGAGAUCAGGAGGAAAAACAGUACUCAAAUCAGCCAGUUUGGCAAGAAAAAUCAUGCCACAAUUGAAAUCACUGAGAUCAUACUUUUUCCCAUUCUGAUGGUUGAUGUGAAUGUCCAUUGCUAGGUUUAAAUUUGGGUUUGAAUCCCAGAUUUUAUAUGUGGUUUCAGACUUUUGGACCACUGUUUAUUCAAUAUUUUGUUUUUGGCUGAACGAUGAACACAAAAGUACACAAUAGUGCAAUCAGUUAAACUGAUUGUACUUCGCUCCCUCAUGGCCUCAUUUUCAUUUCAGUCAAAUUAAAUAUAUUGUCUCGACGGUACAUUGACUAAGUUCUUUAAGCACCAAUUUACACCUCACAUUUGCUUGAACUUUCACAUCCUGAAUGCAAUGGCUGACUUGCAGGCUACACAUUUUUAACACUUGAAAAAGCAUUGUUUACACAAGCACAGAUAGCUGCAAAAAGAACUCUCAGUGGCUCAAGUCACUAGCCGUAGGCUUCAGAGUAUACCACUUCUGCACACGGGGUUGCCAUGGUCACCAGUUCUCCCUAAAGCUCAGACAAGGAGAGAUGGUGCCAUCACACCAAGAACAAACCUAGCCCACCGUUAAACAAGAAGCCAAGGUAGAACCAGAGAAAUGAACACUUGGACUGGAAAAUUAAACCUGCAGACUGGACAAUAUGAUUACAUGGAGAGCAAAUUCAAGCCUGAAGCAUUUGAAAACUGAAACUUACACCGACUCUUACACUGUUGUGCUGCUGUACCAGUGUUUUUGUUUGGCUGUCUUUAAGAAGCAAAUCUCUCUGCAGUUAGCUGCCUUGUUUAUAUGUCACUUUAACAUACUAUAUACUAUACUGCAGUAUGAUACUAUAUAUUGUAUACUAUAUACAGAACUGCUGUUAUACAUCGGCUGGCCCCGACUUAUAGCGCGUGCGUGCGUGUGUGUGUGUGUGUGUGUUCAUGGAACACAAAUGUGUUUACUUAAUCUCACCAGAAUUCCCACAGAGUGAAAAAAAGUAUUUAAAGUAAUAUUCCCAGUUCAAAACAAAAGCUGUAUCGACAGCAUCUGUAAAAUGUUGUCGAUCACCAUGUGAGAUAAUUUGACUCAACACCUUAGUUUGAAAAACCAUAGAAAAAUUAUUUCAGUAAUGCAUUUAUAGUGGUCGUUUUUGGAGGAUUAUAUAUUUGUGAAAUCACUUAUUAAUUUUUCUGUGCAAAAAUGUUUUAUUUGAACUCUAAAGUUAUCUAUAUCCUUUUUUUAUGAUAGGUCUACUUUUCUAGGUAGAUUAACUUAUAGUGUAAUUCCUGUGUUUGAAAUUUUCUCUAUGUAAGCAAUCCCUUUCUUGUAUUCUUGCACGAAUCAGGCAAAGGUGAUUGGGUUUGCAGACUUUACACCAUCAUGAGAGGUGAUGGCCAUGUACAGAUUCUAAAAUAACUUUGCACAGGCAAUAUGUGAACACUUAUUAAAGUUGCACUCAGACAUGUUUUUCUCAUGACAUCUUGGACUUACAGUGAUGCUUGGUGGUUUGGAUGUAGUAUCAUCCAUUAUCAAUAGUUGCCCUUCUGUCACUCACUCGCCGUUGUGUCGAAUUAAGUGACACAAGGGGUCUU